AGCAUUCUUAUUUCAUUUGACGUUCGUGUCUGGAGAUGUUUCUGAUUGUAUUGUAUACAAAAUAAAAUUUUAAAAUUAACAAUGGCAUUAAAUUAAGUUAAUGCUUGCUUUAUUGAUUCAUUGAACAAAUAAUAUAGUUUUUAUUCUGUACAGUGUUCCAUCCUUUUAAGUAUUAUGUACUUACUUAGUUUUAUUAUAAAAAAAAACGUGUAACUUGUAGCCAGCCACGCCUUACAUAACUCAAACACGAUGACUAUCAUACAAACGUUUGUGUUUUUCGAUUUAGAAACGACAGGAAUACCAGCAAAGACUGCAAAAGUUACUGAAAUAACGCUGAUAUCGGUUUCUCGCAGCGACAUAGAACAGACGGACAGCGGGAAAUUACCUGCAGUAAACAAAUUGUCGCUUCUAUGUAAUCCAAAGAAAAAUAUACAGACAACGGCUGCCAAGUUGACAGGGUUGACGAACCAGUUUUUAAAAAAUCAACCUAUUUUUAAAGACAAUAUAAAGUGUAUAAAUGCGUUUCUGGAUAAGCCCAAGCCAGUAUGCCUUGUAGCCCACAAUGGAGAUAGGUUUGAUUUUAAAAUAUUACAAUCAGAAUACUUGACUGCAAAUGAAUAUCUACCUAAUGAUUUAAUGUGUUUAGACACUUUAAACGCUUUUAGAAACAUACUGAAGGAUCCAAAAUAUAACUAUACUAAUGCAGUACAUAAUUCUAUAAGCUCUUUAGAUGAGAGUGAUAGAGUCUCCAAUGGUGAAGAAUGGCAAGAUCUAAGUGUAGAGGAAAUUCAAGAGAUUGAUGAAUUGUGUGAACGAUUAAUGAGUACUCCAAAUAAAGUUGCAAAAAAAACUGAAAAUCAUACUCCAAAGACUACCAAUACCAAUAUGGAGAGUGCUCCAAAAGUUAACUAUAAAUUAUGCACUGUUUAUGAACAAUUGCUAAAUAAAAAAGUAAAAGAAUGCCAUAGAGCUGAGGCAGAUUGCAUUAUGCUAUUAGAAUGUGCUAUUGCAACAAAACGUGAUUUUUUGAAUUAUGCUGACGAUAAAUGUAAAUCUAUAGGCUAGAUAUUUUUUUAAAGAGUUUUUCUAUUCAUUAGAUAAAAAAAUUAAAAUCAUGAAACUAAAUUUAUUAUUAUUAAGAAAUACUGAGAUAGUGUUGUAAAAGUAUUUAAAUUUUAUUCACUAGAUUAUAUCUAUCUAUUUAUCUCUAUAAUCUACUUAAACUUGUGCUUUUUUGACUGUGUUUGUUUCUUCUAAAUCUGUAUUGAACAUAAAACAAAAACAUAUAAAUGAAACAUGAAAAUUUAGUAAAUGUGACCAUUUUUAGUAGUUACUGCUAGUGUGAAUUGACUACUUAUAAUAUAUUACUAUAUUAUGAGUAUGUGCUAUUGAAUCAGCAUUUAUUAUAGUAAUGGUUAUACCUACAGUACUGUUGUAGUAAUUAAGCAAUUUUUACUUUUUGUGAAGAUACUCGUAGGUUUUAAAUGUGACAUUAAUAACUAUUACUUUACAAAGUAUGUUUUUGUAUUUAAUUAUUUAAAGCAUGUUAAUCUUUUAUAUCUUGAUAAUAUUUUACAUUUUUGUAUUAAUUUAUAGGUAAUGAAUCUAUGAUUUUAAUUAUGAAUGUCUUCUUAUAAUUAAAGAUAUUUUUAUUAAUUUUUAUAUUAGAUUGAAAUAAAAGAAUUAUUAUAAUCAUGCUUACCACUUGUUA